AGAUGUAAGUUUAUUAACAGAUGUAAGUUUAUUAACAGACGUAAGUUUAUUAACAGACGGAAGUUUAUCAACAGAUGUAAGUUUAUUAACAGACGUAAGUUUAUCAAUAGACGUAAGUUUAUUAACAGACGUAAGUUUAUCAAUAGACGUAAGUUUAUUAACAGACGUAAGUUUAUUAAAGGACGUAAGUUCAUCAACAGACGUAAGUUUAUCAACACACAUGAAUAUUGUGCACUGACGAUGUGGUCAGUAUGUAAGAGAACACAUUGAUUUAGGUGAUAUUAGUUCGGCAAUUUACCAACACCCUAACAUAGAUAAUUGCAUCAUCGAUUAAUGACAUGGGUGGACACAUAAUCAUUUACUGGUCAUCUAUUUGACGACUUGUGCUGUAAUUCAUACUUAUUUACACCUACAAUAAAGAUUUUCAUGACAGUUUGUGAAAGUGAAUCGUGGUUUUCAUCACCCGAAACAUAUUAGGGUGUGUGCGUGACGGGAAAAAUGUUUUCCAAAAUAAGAAAGCUAACUUUUAGUUUACGCUUUAAAAUAACAUAAGCAAAGGUCGGUCACUCUACCCGUUCAUAUGAAAAUGUAUUAUUUUUUAAAAUGAUUUUCAAACAUUUAUUAAAUCUUUUGUUGGUCCUUGCUUGAGCGAGUGCUCCGCAGUAUCACGAUAAUAUAUCAAACAUCUACUUCACAUAUCCAUGCAGUUCAUUUGAAUGACAUUUAAAUGGCCUUAAACAGAUAUUUUUGCAGAUAAAGAUUUUGUUUUUCUGUAGCGCUACUACAAGUGGAACCUAUAUACAAGCAAUUGGGACGAACACAGGGAUGAGAAAUAAUCGGUGAGGGGCUGUACUUUGAUAUCUGUUUUCGGGCAUUCAUGGAGUGCUUGACAGCAAUUUAAAAUCUAGCCAUCGAUUCAGAGAUAUUCUUUCCAAAGGCAAACAGACAAUCAGUGUAUCGUUUUGAUAGGUGUGAAAUAAAAGCUGCUUAUCCGCACCGUGUCGGCUGAUCCAAAAUGCCUAGAUCUAAAACCAUGGACCUAGGCGGUUAUACUUCCCGGCGUUCUAUGCUAGAGAGAGAAAAAGCUGUAGAUGGUGCUCGCAAUCCAGGUGCCAGUAAAUUCGGAAUUUCAUUGGCGGAAAUAAACUCUAAGAAAGACAAGCUACUUCUCCGUGAACUUCGUAAAAUUGAAAGCGAAAUUAAAAGCAUGAGUUUGCAAAUGAGCCAACGGAAAAAGACAUUUGUUAAAUCUUGUCAUGUGUUGAAUUACGAUCCCAUAAUAUUAGUUGAAAGACCGCCAUCACCGGAAAUGAAGAAGAAAGCGUUAGCAAUGUCAAUGGGAUUAGAUGAAGAUGAGUAUAAUGAACAUUUUGAAAACGAAAAUAUCCCACGUUACAUGCGCCAGCUGAGAUCAAAACAGAAGACUCCCUCAACUCUUAACACCAUAGACGCAUUCACUAUCAAAAACAAGAAGAAAAAGAAUGUAUGGGAAGACGCAGUGGAUCAAACUGAAUCGCCGGUGUUCCAUAGUACGGUCAAGCCCUGCCUUCAGCUGACCAAACGAGAACAGAGUGAUCUACAUAUGGGAUGGGCGUUACACAAACCACGGCUCACUCCAGACAGCGAAGUUCAGAGGGAGGGACUAGAAGAAUUCCGAAAAUCGAAAACGCCGCCCCGUUCUAUUACACCAAAAUCACGCGCUUCUACUGCAAUUAAAGAGGUACAGGACAUUAAUUCUUUAUAUGGCGUUCAUGAGGGUAGCGAUGAUGAAUUCACCCCAUUCAUUACUCAGAUGGCGAAGGUUAGAGAUCAUAGUUCAAAGGCAAAAGAGGCAGGCAAAUCACCGAGAGGUUAUGCUCGUGCCCCUAUUGUAGUUACCAUGAAAUCGGUUCGAUUUUCUUCCAGUAUUCCAAAUACUCCAGUGCAGAAGAAACGUCCAAAAUUAGCUGCUACAAAAAUUGCAUAUUGAUUGACGAUUUUUUCUUCUUCUCACUUUUGUAAUAAAAUCAAAUGUUCAUGUCAAAUUAUUAGAAGUGUACAUGAAAUAUUACCAAUUUAUUACAUGAACUUGUAUUUUCAAUAAUUUAUUUUGUCUUAAAGCAUCGUUUCACGUAUAA